CACCAGCAGCAGCACCAGCAGCAGCAGCAGCAACAACAACAGCAGCAGCAGCAACAGAACUUGCUGCUAAAGACCAGCCUACAGGCGCUGCUUCAGCGUCCAGGCUUGUGCCUCUUCGACAGCAGCGUGCCUGCGGGCGGUAGCAAGGGAAGCAGCAGCAGCAGCAGCAGCGGCGGCAGCAGCAGCAGCAGCAGCAAGAAUGCAGCGGAUUCGGACUACGAAGAUGAUGCUUUCUCUGCGUUGCUGCGCACCGGAUCUUCAUCUGGCGCAGCUUUACCGAACGGCACCAGCAGCAGCAGCAGCAACAACAGCAGCAGCAGCAGCAGCAGCGACUCAUCGGGCGAACUGCAGCAAUUAAAGCAGCGGCUGCUCGCUUGUAGGAAUUGGUCUACUGAGCUGGUGAGGCAGGUCUUGCUGCUGCUUAUCUCUCGCUCUGCAGCAGCAGCAGGCAGUGCAUGCAGCACAAAUGCUGCUAAUGCUGCAGCAGCAGCUGCAACAGCAGCAGCAGCUGCUGCUGCUGCCUCGGGAUCUGCUGCUGGAUCUAGUGCGUGCAGCAAGACCCCACCUGUUGCUCAGGGUGACAAGGAAGAGAGCAGCAGCAGGGCAGCAGCAGCAUCCGCUAGCUCUGCCUCACCGACUGAUGCUUCUGCGAACCCCGAAGCAGCAGCAGCAGCAGCAGCAGCAGCAGGUAUGUGCCCUAGAUGCCUGGCACUGCAGGCAGCUGUGCGGCGUCUGCGGGUGAGGGUUGGUAGUUGGAGGACAAAGGCUCGUUUGUUUGAGCAGCAGCAGCAGCAAGCAGCAACAGCAGCAGCAGCAGCAGAUCUUGAGGUAUCCCGACUCAAGAAGCAGCAAGUGAUGCUGCGUGCUGCAGCAGGGGCUCCUGCUGCUGCUGCGCUGCUAAAGGCAGCAAUUAGGGGCGAUGAGGUGUCUGACGAGGUUGAACCAACAGACACAGCAGCAACUCCGCAGCAGCAGCAGCAGCAGCAAGCAGGGGCAGAAGCAGGAGCAGCAACAGAUGCUGCUGAUGCAGCAAAAGGGGUUCCAGCUGCUGCUGCGUCUUCCGAUGCCUCUCGAGGCGACAAGCAGCAGCAGCAGCAGCAGCAGGAGGCGGCCAGCGAUGACGAGUCUGCUGCUGCUGCUGCAGUGUUACGUGUGCAGCUGCAGCAAAAGGAGCAGCAGGUGCAGCAGCUCCUAGAGGAGCAGCAGAAACUGCGUAAAGCAGCAGAUGCAGCAGCAGCACUCUCAACUCUUAGGCGCAUGCAAAUCAUGCGCAGCCCCCCCUUUAUUGAAUUGCAGCAGCUAUGCUCACAAAGAGACGCACAGCUGGCGGCGAAGACUGCUGAAGUGGAGGAGUUGCGUAGGGAGCUGCUUGAGGAGCAGACGAAGGCGGACACAGCGUUCGAGGAAUUGGCUAGGAAGCAGACGGAGGCGAGAGAACAAUUGUCUGAAAGACUUUCUUCCCUCUUAGAGGAAAAUCAUACGCUUAGGGCAGAAAAAGAUGCUGCAGUACAGGAAUUGCUGCUGCUAAAGGAGCAGCUUGCUGCUGCUAAGCAGCUGCAGCAGCAAUUUGAAUCUGCUGCUUCCUUGCGAGCACUGCAGCAAAUGCAGCUAAAGAUUCAAUUUGAUCAACUUAAGAACGCUAGCAAUCAAGUCUUAUUGAGGAAUGAGCGGCUCAAGGCAGAGAAGCAAAGAGUAAUCGAAGCCUUAAAGCUUUCUGUGGAUGCAGCAGCAGCACCAGGAGGAGCGGAGAGCGGAGCACCAACAGCAGCAGAAGCCGUAGCCGCAGAUGCAGCAGCAGCAAACGCAGCAGCAGGAGCAGGAGGCGACACAGCAACAGGAGGGGGAGGAGGAGCAGCAGCAGCGGGAGACAACCCAGGUGCAACAGCAGCAACAGCAGCAGCAGCAGCAAAAGACGAUCCCAGUGCAAAAGAUACUAACACAGCUGACGCUGCAGCGACGCCUGAAGACUCGAUGCUGCAAAUCGAGCUGCGGGCGUUGCAGAGGCGACUAAGCGAGCAGCAGGGCUUAGAAGCAGAAGUGUCUGAAUUGCGGCAGCAAUACUCGCAUGUGACGGAGGAGCUCGAAGAAGUAUCGAAGGCAUUUGAAGAGCGACAGACUCACUGCGAGAGUCUACUUAGACAACUAAGGGAAAGGGACGAGGCGGUGCAGCAGCAAAAGGCAGCAGCAGAAGCAGCACUGCAGCAGCAGCAGCUGCUGCAGCGCAUAGGCCGCCUGCAAGAACAGAAGCUGCAACUGGAGAAGCAGCACAUCGAUCAGCUAGCAACAAAGACGAGGGCAUUCUCUGAGGCACUGCAGCAGGCGCAACAUAGAGCAGCCGUGGCAGAUCAACAGCGCGAUGAAAUCGCGAGUUGUUUUGAGGCAUUGAGGACGGAGAGGGAAAAACUGUUUAAGACGAACGAUGAAAUGGCAAGAGAACUAGAGCUUCUAAGUGAGAAGAACAAAGCCUUUGAAGGAGUAAUAGAGCAACACCAAACAAAAGUGUUUUCCCUCGAGGCUUCAUUAAGAAAACAAACAGAGGCAAGAGCAGAGGCAGAUAAAAGAUUGCAAAAGCUUAAAGAAAGACAUGAAAAACAAGAACGAAAAAGACUCCUGGCUGCCUCUGAAGAUCCGUCCUUGGCUAUCAACAAUUUGCUGCAAGAGGAAAACGACACAAUGCGCCGGCGGCUCCUAUGUGGUGUUUGCACUGAACGUUUUAAGGAUCAUGUCCUCGUUAAGUGUGGCCAUAUGUUCUGCCAAGAGUGCAUAGAGAAGAACGUGAAGGCCCGUAACCGCAAAUGUCCUCAUUGCAAGACGCAAUUCGACCCAAAAGAUAUCCGCAGGGCUUAUCUUCAUAACUAA